GUUAUAUGAAUUGUAUUUCAAUUGAUAGAUGGAGAUGUCAAACUGUUUAUUUCUUUUUGACAGCUGUAGUCAAAGUAAUUUUUAAAGAUAAUUUUGUUUAAAAAAAGGCCAAUAUGUUGAGCCAAAGAAUUGCCUGGAAUGUUUUUCGAUUGAAACAAACAAUCAGUUAUGUGUCGAGGCCAUUUUCAUCAUUAUCGCAAACACAUAUGAAAUUAUCAUUGAAUCAUUCACGACUGAAGCAGAUAAACGCUGUUGGCUACUCAACCAACAAUAAUCACCAGCCACUUGAUGGUUCAAAAUAUGAACGAAAAUUGCCCAAAUUAGUGGACGAUAAAAUUGUGAUAGCCCCAUCAUUUUUCCCAUAUUUUUUGGUCAAUCGAAAUGCACGCAAGAUCAAAAACUCAUUAGAUUCAGAAUUUUCUCUGGACGACUUCAAAGCUGGAAGCAUGAAGGCCAUCGAAAUUAUUUCAGAUAAGUUGGCAUCAGCUGAUUUUGAUGGGUUGCACGGUUUGGUGACAGAUGAAGUCAUUGAUAGGCUACGACAUGUAAUUGUCACAAUGACCGACGAACAACGUUCCCGACUUCGGGUUAAAAUGAAUGAUAUCCCACAAUUUUUAGUGUCUUCCAUAGAGAUAAAAGAAAAGAAUGAUAGCACAUGUGUUGAUAUUUCACUAAUAUGCAAAGCGGUUUUAACGGCCGAUUUGGAUAUUGACGCCAGCUCAAAAGAUUUUACAAUUUCGCAUUUCCACAUUCGAUACAUGUUGAACUAUACAUUCACCAAAGAAUUUUCACCAAAUUCAAAUGACGACUGGAUAGUAUCGUUUAUCAAUCAUGCAAAUAUGCUGGAUGAACUUCAAACGAGACAACAGAAUUAAAUUAUCU